CUUUCAAUGCUGUACUGUAUGCAACGCCGCUCCUGGGAAGUAUCCUGGCUGACACCUUGACCGGCGUCAACUUCACUAUCCUGGGCUUCUCAAUCCUCUAUAUGCUGGGUUCAGUUAUUCUCACUCUUUCAUCUGUUCGAUCAACCAGCGAGCCUUGGAUGGUACAGCUCCCUCUGUUGGGGCUCAUCACGGUCGAUGCUGGUGGUAUCAAAAGCUGUGUUAAUGUUAUGGGUGCGCAGCAAAUGCACCCGUAUGAACAUAAAGAGUUGAUCACCAGGUUUUUCACUUAUUUUUACGCCUCUAUCAAUUUGGGUGCCGUUAUUGAUGUAAUCGUCACGCCAGCUUUGCUGCAGCAAGUUGGUUUCACUGCCAGCUUUGUUUUCCCGUUAGCCUUUCUCGUAGUGGCUACUAUAGUAUUAGUCCUGGGCGAUUUUAUGAAUCGCUAUGUUAAAGCCAAGCCGCAGGGCUUUGCUGUGUUAGAGGUGUGUAAGGUUACAGCUUUCUCCAUUGCUCGGUGCUCCAUGGAUAAAAACAAGGAAAGCAAGGGAGGGAGAUCCAAGGAUGAUUUCAUCGAAUACACCAAAGUAUUCUUUUAUUUACUGCCAUUGUUCGUCGUUCUCAUCAUCCCUUUCAACAUGGCAUACAAUAACAUGACUACUGCAUUUCGUACGCAAGGACUCAAGAUGGACCGCAACACUUUCGGUUGGAAUAUGCCAGCAGCUUUGAUGCAAAUCGUGGAUCCUAUAGCAGUCGUGGUGAUCUCUGUUUUGGUGGACAGAGUUCUCUAUCCCUGGCUACGUAAACACGGCAGGAUGCCACGAGUGUUGGUGCGAUUUUGUAUUGGCUCAGUGCUGGGGGCGUUGGCCCUGAUUUCUGCUCUUAUUGUGGAGUAUGUCGUUAUGGCCUCUAUGGUUCACCAUCUCUAUCUGGUGGCAGGUCCCUCAGUUGUCCCUGAUAGCCGCAGGUGA